AUAUGAACUACAAGUCGAUAAGCAAUUAAAUCACUCAUGUACAAUAUAUCACUCAGUUUAUCAUCAAAAACACUUUCAACUCAAAUAUAGAAGUGAUAUAUAUUUGUCGUCGCUUAAACUACCCUAGCUACACAACUUAUUGUACAUUUGAGGAUGAAAUGCUAAUUUCUGUAAAAAAUUUAAAACUUAUUGCAAGUAUGUUGGAUUAUAGAAAACAAAAGAAAAUACCAAUGUAGGACAAAACAUACGCGCGAAAUCAUGGACGAUGAGACAGACACACAAGCCUUGCUGAAUGAAACUGAAAGCAGUAGUUCUACCAGUGAGAAUUUAUCAACUAAACAAUGCUCGCCUUGUGAUCCUAGGACAGCACUUCAUCGAUACAUAAUUCUUGUAUUUAUAUGUAUUGUUGGGGUAGGAGAUUAUUUCUGCGCGGAUAGUCCAGCUGCGCUACAAAAUCAUUUUCUGCGGGAUCUGAAUAUAUCAGAGACAAAGUUCAUGACUUUUUUUUCAAACAUACAAUGGGCCAGUAUAGUAUCGGGUAUAUUUGGUGGCUUUUUGAUUGACAGAAUAUUUGGAAACAGAGUUGGCAUGACGUUGUUUUCGGGUUUGACCACGUGUGCUCAUGCAAUGUUUUCUGGUGGAGCUAUUUCGAACAGUUACUGGAUGAUGUUUGUGGCGAGAGCCAUUUAUGGGUUAGUAAAUGGACCAAUGUCGAUUGCAAACCAAAAUAUGGCUGUCAAAUGGUUUAAGACAUCAAAUAUAAAUUUUGCAUUUGGUCUGAAAACCAGCAUAGCUAGAACUAGCAGUGUGGUUGUUAUAAACGUGAUGGAUACCAUUUAUGACUAUUUCGGAAAGCGUUCCCAUGGGCAUGUAUGUUUAGGUAUUACAUUAUUUACAGAUGUCGUAGUACGAGUUUCUGAUAUUAAAGACUUUCCUGCAACAUUUUGGCUGAUAUCAAUGACGACAGCAUGCUACUACUCAGCGCUGUUUCCAUUUGUAGGGCUCGGACAAGUAUUUUAUGAAAUGAAAUAUGAUCGGGAACCUCAGGUAGCGGAUAAUGUAAACAGUAUGGUGUAUUUAAUGGCUGCGAUUACAACUCCAGUAUUUGGUUUAUUGAUAGAUAAACUAGGACGGAGUCUUUUCUGGAUGUUUGCUGGCAUUAUUCUAUCUACUGGAAGCCAUUUCAUCCUGGCUUUUACUUUCAUAGAGCCAUAUAUUGCUACUGUUGCAAUGGGACUUGGAUUUUCUAUCUUUACGGCUGCAAUGUUGCCAAUGGUUUCAUUUAUAAUAGCCUUCAAUCGUCUCGGAACUGCUUACGGCAUAAUGAACGCAAUGAUUGCCGUUUGUCAAGCUGGGACGGCAUAUUUUGCAGGUUAUUUAGCAGAUAAUAACGGAUAUCUUGUCUUAGAGGUAUUUUUCACCGCUUGUAUGGCAGGAUCACUUAUACUUGGAAGUCUGCUGUAUAUCACUGACCAGGCAAAAGGAGGUGAAGUAAAUCUCAGUUCUACAGAGAGAAGGAAUCGGGCAAAUCUGAAGCAAGAAGGGAAGGAAUUGGGCAGAGUUGGAGUAGAGUAAAGCGGUAAAGAUAGAGGACGCACCUUUGACAGCGGCUGGACGGGUUAUAUGAGACUAAAAGACAGAAUUUAAAAUUUGAUAUAAAACAAAAGCAGUGCAUCUGGAAGCAAAGUGUAGUAAUGUGAUAUGUGUAUAUAUGGAAUAUUACACUAAUGUCACGUGCACUUGAGGGUGAUAGUAAUAGUGUGAACAUGAAUGGAAUAUCAUCUGAGACAAUAAAACACAAAUGAACACACAUGUUGUCGGUUAAUCAAAGUGGAUUAGUUCUUUUCGAUAAUAAUAAGGAAAGAAAACCAUGUAAAACAUUUCAUGCUUUUGAAUUAUGAGUUGAUAAGGUAUCCU